UUGCGGAUGUAUGCGCUGAUACUGCUAGCCGUUACGAUGCUUUUCUUCUUUGCAUUACCAAUAGAAUGGGCUAUUUUGUCUCUGGUCUUUGGGUCCUGCGGAUUCGGCGCCAUUGCCUCUCUCUGGCUCAGUCGCGCCGUCCUGCAGUGCGACGACGGGACGCCCGAAAUGCGCGCCGUUUCGGAUCCCAUCCGCGAAGGCGCGGAGGGCUUUCUUAGGGUCCAGUACACGUCCAUUGCCAAGUUUGCCGUACCACUCGCCGCACUCAUUGUAUUCUCCUACCAAUUCCGACCACUGCACCCGCACGACGCCAAGGGUGUCGGAUUGUUGGGCAACACCCUGCUGGGGGUCGUCGCGGCCGUCGGCUUUGUCUUUGGCGCACUCUGCUCGGCACUCUCGGGAUACGUAUCCAUGUGGGUGGCGGCACAAUCCAAUAUUCGAGUCGCGUCGGCGGCUCGUCGGACCUACGGAGAAGCUCUCGUGGUUUGCUUUCGCGGUGGCGCCUUUUCGGCCGUCUUGAAUUUGACCCUCUGUAUAGUGGGAGUCACUACACUGUACACGAUGCUGAGCACCGUCUUUGUGAACGCUGCGGGGUUGGAGUCGACAGAUAUACCCAUGCUCUUGGUCGGGUACGGUUUCGGGGCAUCCUUCGUCGCGCUCUUUAUGCAACUCGGGGGUGGUAUUUAUACCAAAGCCGCCGACGUUGGCGCCGACCUGGUGGGGAAGAUCGAACAGAGUAUUCCCGAAGACGACCCUCGCAAUCCCGCAGUAAUUGCGGACCUCGUCGGGGAUAUGGUGGGUGACUGCGUCGGGUCUUCGGCCGACGUCUUUGAAUCCGUGGCGGCCGAAAUUAUUGGAGCCAUGAUUCUGGGCUCCACCCUGGCCGAUGAGGCCGGUAUGAGUCACAACCAUGCGACCAAGUUUAUGUUCUUUCCACUAGUGGUACACGCCAUGGAUAUUGUUGUCAGUAGUGUUGGGAUUGCCUUUGUGGGGGUCACCCGCGACUCCGCCGAUAGCGAUCCCAUGAAAGCUCUGCAACGAGGCUACCGUGUAGCACUCCUGCUCUCCGUCGUGGGCUUUUACAUUAUUACCCACUGGCUGCUGGCGCUUCCCGAAAAUCCCGAGGCCGCGUUCAGAUUCUUCUUGUGCGGUAUCGUGGGAAUGAUCUGCGCCUACAUUGUGGUCUUGUCCACGCAGUACAAUACCGAUUACGCACACCGACCGGUCCAAAGUAUUGCGGAAGCCAGUACCACUGGUCACGGUACGAACAUCAUUGUCGGAGUCAGUGUCGGUAUGAAAGCCACGUUGGUACCCACAUUGACUGUAGCGGUGGCCGUAUUGCUGGCCUAUCACGUAGGUGCCAGUACCGGAAUUGGAAACGGCCGCAACGCCGGACUUUUUGGCACGGCGGUGGCUACCAUGGGAAUGCUGAGUAACGCUGUCUACAUCCUGUCGAUGAACUGCUUUGGUCCCAUUGCCGACAACGCGGGAGGCAUCGCGGAAAUGAGCAUGCAGCCGGAGCAAGUCCGAGAUGUGACGGAUCGCUUGGAUGCCGCGGGCAACGUGACCAAGGCCAUUACGAAGGGAUAUUCGAUUGGUUCGGCUUCUAUGGCGUGCUUUCUGUUAUUUGGCGCAUUCAUGGACGAGUUUUCAGAGUACAGUGGUCUUCCGUUCACCACAGUGGACAUCGCGACACCGGAAGUACUCGUUGGAGGUCUGAUAGGAAGCAUGAUCAUCUUUUACUUCACUGGUCUUGCGAUCGCUGCGGUCGGCCGGACCGCUCACGAAGUCGUUAUUGAAGUCCGGCGACAAUUCAAAGAGAAUCCGGAUAUCAUGGAUUAUAAAGCCAAGCCAGACUACGAUCGCUGUGUCGGGCUCGUGACAAAGGCCGCCUUGAAGGAGAUGCAAUUUCCUGGACUCGUUUGCGUUGCGACACCAAUCCUUGUCGGACUGAUUUUUCGGUUCGUCGGUGAGGCUACCAGUCGUCCUCUACUUGGAGCCGAAGUCUUGGCUGCGUAUCUCAUGUUCGGGACCGUGACAGGAAUUCUCAUGGCUUUAUUUCUUGAUACUGCCGGUGGUGCCUGGGACAAUGCGAAAAAGUAUAUUGAGCUCGGAAACUUUGGCGGCAAGAAUUCUGAGGCACACAAGGCGUCGGUGACUGGUGAUACCGUCGGCGACCCCUUUAAGGAUACCGCCGGUCCCUCACUCCACGUUGUAAUCAAACUGGUAAGU